CAGGCCGGCGGGGGCGGGAGUCCCCGCCCCACCCGCUGGGUGGUCAACUGCAACGACCUGAGGCGCUGGGGCGUGCUCUCGGAGCCCGAGCGGGCCGCGGCCCUGGCGCUCGGCUUCCAGGAGGGCACCUGGAACUUCGAGGAGAUGGCGGACGUAGGCAGCACCGUCGACGGCCUGUUCGGGCCGUCCUUCCAGGGCUGCGUGGUCCAGGGCUGCGACACGUUCUCCGUGGAGAAGGCCGCGGAGCUGGCCCUGGCCCACCCCAAGGUCUUCGCGUCGUUCGGCUGCCACCCGAAGGC